UGUAAGUCCCGGGCGGUGAUGAUGAUGAUGGCGGUGCUCCUCCCUCCCGUUCUCUCGUGGUCCCCCACCAUCCUCCAUCCUCCUCCUCCUCAUCAGGCGAGCCUCCUCACGCGUCCCCUGUCCCCGGCUGUGUGUGGCUGGGAGAGGCCGGGCUCCACCCAGGGGCGGGGCUGGCGGGGAACACACUGCCAGGCUGGGCCGGGGAGGAGAAGAGGACGGAGCGGAGCUCACACAUCGGACAGGGGAGCUGACAUCGGGCCACACAUAACGAUUGCAAUCAUGGAGACCUUGGACAAAGCUGUAAAUGGAUAUAUAGAUAAUUUACUGGGACCAAGAGACCCACGGGUGAAAGGAUGGUUCAUGUUGGACAAUUAUGUUCCCACCUUUAUAUGCACUGUCCUGUAUUUAUUUAUUGUAUGGAUAGGACCAAAGUACAUGCAAAACAGACAGCCCAUUUCAUGUAGAGGAAUUUUACUGGUUUAUAACCUUGGACUGACUCUGCUCUCCCUGUAUAUGUUUUAUGAGCUUGUAACGGGAGUAUGGCAAGGAGGAUACAACUUCUUCUGUCAAGACACUCGGAGUGGAGGAGAAGCAGACAUGAAGAUAAUCCGAGUCCUGUGGUGGUACUACUUCUCCAAACUCAUUGAAUUUAUGGAUACUUUUUUCUUUAUCCUCCGCAAAAAUAACCACCAAAUUACCGUCCUGCAUGUUUACCAUCACGCCUCUAUGCUGAGCAUUUGGUGGUUUGUCAUGAACUGGGUACCUUGCGGACACUCUUACUUUGGUGCUACGCUUAACAGCUUUAUUCAUGUUCUCAUGUAUUCCUACUAUGGACUGUCUGCUAUUCCAGCCAUGCGCCCAUAUCUGUGGUGGAAGAAGUACAUUACUCAGUGCCAGUUGACUCAAUUUGUCCUGACAAUGACUCAGACCAGUUGUGCGAUGAUUUGGCGCUGUGAUUUCCCAAUGGGUUGGCUAUAUUUCCAGAACUGUUAUAUGAUCUCUCUGAUCAUCCUCUUCGGCAACUUCUACAUUCAGACUUACAGCAAGAAAGCCUCUUCUAAGAGGAAAGAUUACCAGAACGGAUCUGUGAGUGCAGUAAAUGGUCACACAAAUGGCUUUUCAUCGCUGGAGGACAAUGUCAAGCAGCGUAAACAAAGAAGGGAUUGAACAGUAAACCCAACGGCCAUUUCGAUAUGCCAGAAGAUACAACAUCAGAUUGAAAGCACAGCAGAUUCUGUGCAGUGACACCCUUACAGCUACUGUAACGAUUCCUAGUCAAUAUAAUGUGAUUAACGUAGGUCUUAACAAAUUUCAGCCAUCUUAACUAUGCUGUAGAAGACAUGGAAAUCGCUCACAAAACUAGCAGCAGUUAAUGUUUAGUCCUGCCCUCUUAGCUUUCUACAGCUAGUGAUUUUCCUGCGGUUUUCAUUCACACCCAACCAGCUGUUUAUGUUGUAGAUGUUCCUCUGUGAGCAUUGACUUCCCAGCUGUUUCUGCAAACCUCUGGUAGGUAAUACUGGGUAUUCUUAUCUGAAAUGUCUGCCUAUUCCAACCAGAUUCUUUCCCCGUAUGGAGCAUUUGGGGACAUUGGACAUAGUCCUUGAUUGGCAGCUUUAGUUAAUGGGAACAGUUUUAACUUCAGACAACUUUGAUAGUGAGAAUGGGCUGCUGGAGAACUAUAGGCACAUUCUGUUCACUCUAGACUAAAUGGCUUGAACAAUGUUCUUCCAGUUUAGAUAGGUAGCUUUACCAAUAGCAAUAGAGCCCGACCCUGAUUAGAAAUCUGGCAGCUAUAUUUUUCUCAGAACAGCUGGUGGGCCUAAGUGUAACAGUGUGCUGGAAUAGGCUCCUCUGCACAUGUACCACACGUAUCCAAAGUCCCAUAUAUUAAUAUUUAUCUUAAUCACAGACCUGUAAGCUGCAGCCACUGCUCGGUCUCCAUUCGAUUACCCAAAGGGUUUAUUUCUCUAAUGUGUUGGUGCACUCACAAAUAUUGGCUACUUUGCCUUAGAUAUCAGAGCUGUAUAUUUGUCCCAAAGCACCCUUGUAGUUAUUUCACAAUUUUAGUACACUUUUCAGGCCAUAGAUGAUAUUGUGACUCCCAUUUUCUAGGUAGAAUAUUACAGAUUUGUGAAUAUGUGUGAAAAUGCUUUUUAUGUAAUGGAACAAGGCAUCAGUAAGGGCUCCUACUCAUAACUCUUAUGAUGCAAUCUCCUUCAUCUGAGUGUGGCUGAAUUUCCCAGCUCCUAUACCCACAUGUUUACCAUAGAGAUAAUUGCCAUCUAUGAUCAACACAAGUGUGUGUACACACUGUUCAUAGAGAAAUACAUUGGAAAUCCUCCAUAUCAUUUACUUCCUAAUGUCUUUAUGUAUGUUGUUUGCAGAGAGAGCCCUGAACAGUAACUGCUGUAGUGCCUCUUCAGUGCUCUGAAAGCAAAGGAGGGCAGAGAUUCAGUUAUCUCAUGUGACCUUGUUAGAGACCAUGGAUACACAAAGUAUUACUUUAGAAUAUACCACUGCUGUUGCCUUACUAGUUUCAUAUAAUAGGUGCUGACUAGCAAUAUUCAGUUACCAAGAAUUCAAAUUCAUUUUCUAUGACAGGAUACCCUUGUAUUUGUAGGUGUCAUUUGUAUUGUGUAGUUUGAAUAAACAUGCCUUAACAAAACAGCAUUUAGUUAACAGGGCCUUUAGCUUCCUACAGUUUAGAUAUACACAUGCAUAAUUUUAGCAUUUUUUUUUUUUUGUUGUUUUUUUUUUAGACAGUGUAUUUUACAAUUAUUUAAAAUGUAACCCUCUCCUCACACGCACAUUGGAAGCAGCCAUUUUGUAGUGUGAACAAAUGUUGUCUAAAACACAGCAAGUUCCUUUUAAAAUUGGUUUGGCAAUCAAAAUGGCUGCCUCCAUAUUAGUUAGUGACAGGUACACUUUAAUAAAUGAAAGAUGACUGCAAAGUAAAGUAAACUUUAGUUUUCUGUUAUUUAAAUCCAUCUGUGGAGUGUGUCAACGUCCCUGAAGAAAAAGCUUUAUGCCUUUUUUUUUAUUCUAUCACAUGGUUGUGUGGUGUUUAAUUUUUUUUUAAGUUACUUGUUUGUAACUUGUGUAACGAUAUUGCACUUAAGGGAAGCCUAUGGCCUAAAACUGAGGUGCUCGAAUAAUUCGGGCCACAGUGGAAUAGGUACCUAAACUAGAGUUGUUAAAAUUGACAUGUACAUGGACGGACUUGUUUAAAAAUAAAAUACAGAAGAUUGCUGCCUGACUUUGGCCUAAUGUAAAGCAAUUGAAUCCAUAGCACUGCUGCCUCCUGUAGGCUUUUGAAGGCACUGCAUAAUAUCUUAUGUUCUGCUCAGUUUGCUUGUAGAGUAUUUGUGUCCUGCACAUACAAGUGGUAGACAUUUUGUGGAACUCUACCAUGAGAGAACUACAUUAAACGGACAUGACAAACACCAGCACAUAACAUCAUUUUUUAGUGCUGCAAAGGCUUAGUUUAUGUCCUUAAAAAGGCUGGUUCCACUUAGAAAAUGGCUAGACCUCCCCUGUGUACGUGACAGGUGCACUUGUAAUUCCCAUAUGGUCUGCUGCUGAAUUACCAUUGAUGGUUUGUCUUUUUAUAGUGGCAGUGUCUUUAAAUCCUGUUUUAUUGUUUCUCUUUUAAUUCAAUGCAAUAAGGGAUGCCAACCCAUUUGUUGUGAUAUUCCCUGCAGUGAGCAAGUUAGUAAUAAUGAUGCCAAGGAAGUUGUAUGAACAUGUUUGUAUGUUUUAUCUCCUUUAGUUGCCUAACGUCCACCACUGGCAAAGUCAUUUAUACAGUAAUGUCUGUUAAUAUAUUAAAAACAUAAAAUGCUAA